AUGGCUAAUUCGUGGAAAACGGCACCAACAUGUGCAAAUUUACAAGAAAAUUCUAUUGAUAAUAGUGAUCCAUGUUCCAAUCAUGAGCAAAGACGUGAUUGGGCAACAACGGAAUGUUCAUUGAUUCGGGGGAAAACAAUCGAUAAUCCAUUUAAUCCUUGUAUUGACUUGAUGGAUUCAACACAACUUGAUAUGUACUAUAAAGAAUGCUUAUAUGAUGCGUGCAAUUGUGAUCGUGGUGGUGAUUGUGAAUGUUUAUGUACAUCUUUAGCGUCAUUCGCUGAAAAAUGCAAUUCAAUUGGUGUACCUAUUAGAUGGCGUCGACCAGAUCGAUGUCCAAUGCAAUGCGAUAAUAAUAAAGUUUAUAUGGCAUGUGGGCCUAUAUGCCCUGAAGCAUGCUCAGGAAAAGAAUACUUCGGUUGUGAAUUAUCGGGUUGUGUUGAAGGUUGUUUUUGUUCAAAUGGUCUUCUAAUGGAUGGGACUGGUACAUGUGUACCUAUAUCAUCAUGCACAUGCGCUUAUGAUAAUAAAUAUUAUCCAAGUGGUUCUAACAUCAUUCGGGGUUGUGAAAUAUGUUCAUGCACAAAUGGUUCAUUUGUCUGUUCAACGUUGACAGCGACGGAAUGUCAACAAAAUUGCUCAUUUAGUGAAUUUCAAUGUUUAACUAGUAAAGAGUGCAUACCAAAGACAUGGAAAUGUGAUAAAACAUACGAUUGUGCAGAUCAAACUGAUGAAAAUAAUUGUGUUUACGAAUGCUCAAACAAAACAAGUUUCACUUGCCAGAAUGGACAAUGUAUCAAUAUGACUUAUCAUUGUGAUGGUUUACCGGAUUGUCGGGAUGGUUCCGAUGAAAUAAAUUGCACAUAUAUUCAACCAUGCACAGAAUUUUUAUGCAAAACGAGUGCAAAAUGUAUUCCAAACACGUGGGUAUGUGAUGGUUCAAUUGAUUGUGGUUAUGGCGAUGCUUCUGACGAAGCAGCAUAUUGUAAACAAGAACAUUGUGAUUUAAAUAGUGGCCGUUACUUCCAAUGCGCUGACAGUCAAGACUGUUUACCAAUCAGCAGUAAAUGUGAUAAUUAUAAAGAUUGUUUAGAUGGUUCAGAUGAACGUAAUUGUGCAUGUACAUGUUCUGAGCAGUUCUCAUGUCAAAUAGUGUGUCAAUGUAUCGAUGUAUCACGAGUUUGUGAUGGAAUACCGGAUUGUAUCGAUCAAACUGAUGAAAAAAAUUGUACAUGUACAUCGAACGAAUAUACAUGCCUUGGAGGUGGAUGUAUCAAUAGAACUCAAUUAUGUGACGGAAUGGCUCAUUGUUCGAAAGGUGAUGAUGAAACUUAUAUGGAUUGUAGUGUGACUACUACGACUAUAAUCCCAUCAACUAUCUUCACUACUAUUGGCCAAACAAGUGUAACGAGUGUCGGAGCUUUUAUAUCGAAAACAAGUGAAACAACAUCUAUUACAAGUAGAGCAGCAUAUAUUACUGGAACAACUAGUUCAACGUGUAGUGCUAUUGUUGGUGCGAAAUGGCUUUCUGAGUAUAAUUUAAUUACAAUGGGAGAUCUUGAUACAAAUUCCGAUGUAGAAUAUCGAACAUUAGUUUGUGGAAGUUAUCUUGGCACGCAAUCAUCUAACUUUGCUAUUCAUCGAGAUCAAAAUUCAAUAGAUCCUAGCCUUGAAAUUCGAUAUAAUAUCAGUUUCGGUUCAACAAUGAAUGUCACCGCUGGUAGUGUUACGAAUUCAUUUGGUACUGUACAGAAAAUAUCACCAACACAAUAUAAUUUGAAUGGACGGUUAUUAGGGAUUAAUGCCGGUAAUUACGGUGCUUCUGCCUUUAUUGAUACUACACUGGAUACAAAAUGUUCCAAAGUAACAUAUGAUAUACAAACAUUUUCCCAGUACUUAUCACAAUUGCUACCGAACAAUGAUGUUCUUGUACCACAAAGUCAGCCUGAUACAUUAAAAUUUAUUGUUAAUAAUACGAAUGCAGAUGGAUUAGCAAUCUUUCAUUUAUCAUGUGACGAUGUAUUGAAAAAUAAAUAUGUUCAACAAAUUGAAAUUCUAAAUAACGUCAAUGCUACAGCGAUUGUGAUCAAUUUAUCUGGGCAAACAUGUUCAUAUGAAGAGGGUAACAUGGUGGGUAGUUGGCUGAAUGGACUCGAUGGACGUUCUCGGACAUUAUGGAACAUUUACGAAAAACCUUCUAGGCAAAAUGUUUCACUACGUAUUACACAAAAUUUUAUGGGAGCACUUCUAGCACCAUUCUAUGCUGUUGAAACAUCCGCGAAUAUUGAUGGUUCUGCUGCUGUUUACAACAUGACAGCACGAGCUCAACUGCAAGGGCCACAAUUAAUAUUCCCCACAUGUGUCGAACCUAAACCUCCAACUUUAUAUACCAUGCAAACUACUACUUCAUCCGCUGCAGUACCAGUAUUUAUAUCCGAUAAUUUUAUUGACAAACAUCUUUCACCAGAAAAUAUGACGAACAUUAUAUCUACAGUAAGCAUCAAAUUGAUUCUCAGUUUUUCAGCAGCCAACGCCCUACAAAAGUCAUCGACGCAAAGAUAA